AUGUCGAACUCGAAUCCUUUCAACCAAAGCCAGGACUCGCCUGCGCAAGGUCGCCGCAGAGCACCCACCAUCACCAUAGACACAUCAGCAGUGCGGCUGCACCCCUACCAGACUUCGCCCACCGAACUGCGCCCAUCCAACUCCUUUGACAACGAGAACAGUCGACCAACCUCUCCUCACAAUGUCUCCUCACCGACGUUUAACAGUCCCCAAAACUUUCUCUCAGUCCCUCCCGCACGCUCACGUGCCGGUUCCUUUGAUACCCUCGGCGCCGAAUCGUCAUCGACAGGGACAUACGUCAACUCAUCGCCAGAACACGGUAUGCCCAAGGCCUUUGGCCCACAAGACAGUCAUGGCGGCCCUGAAGUCCUCAGCGAUAGCGAAGCAUUACAUCCCGACCCUGGUACCGAGGACGAGUUUAAAAGAGAGAACAACCCUUUCGCUUUCACCCCUGGCCAGAUGGGCAAGAUGUUCAAUCCCAAGAGUCUGGGUGCAUUCCAUGCCCUAGGAGGUAUUUCAGGUAUCGAAAAGGGAUUAAGAUCCGAUCGCAAGUCUGGUUUGAGUUUGGAGGAGCAACACCUUGAUGGUCAGGUCUCGUUCGAAGAGGCUACCGACCACGAAAACCCCAACGCAGAAUACGUCACGAAUGGUGGCAACAGCACUGCGUCCAGCGGUCCCUUCUCUGAUCGUGUGCGCAUCUUCGGCGACAAUCGUCUUCCUGAGAAGAAGGCAAAACCGUUAUGGCGUCUUGCUUGGGAAGCCUACAAAGACAAGAUCCUUCUUCUGCUGACUGGUGCUGCUGUCAUCUCGCUCGCCCUUGGUCUGUACCAAACCUUCGGUACCCCUGCGAAACCUGGAGAACCCCACGUUGAAUGGGUCGAAGGUGUUGCCAUCGUUGUUGCCAUUGUCAUUGUCGUUGGAGUCGGAGCUCUUAACGACUGGCAGAAGGAGCGUCAAUUUGUCAAACUCAACAAGAAAAAGGACAACCGCGAGGUUAAGGUUGUACGCUCAGGCAAGACCCAGGAGAUCUCUGUUCACGACGUCCUCGCUGGUGACGUCUUGCUUCUUGAACCUGGUGACAUGGUCCCUGUCGAUGGUGUUCUCAUCGAGGGCCACGGCAUCAAGUGCGAUGAAUCUUCUGCAACCGGUGAAUCUGACAUCAUCAAGAAGACUGCUUCCGAGGAGGUCUGGCGUGCCAUGGAGGCUAACGAGCCGCUUAAGAAGAUGGAUCCUUUCAUCCUGUCCGGCGCAAAGGUCACUGAAGGUGUUGGCAAAUUCCUUGUCGUCGCUACUGGUGUCAACUCGAGCUACGGCAAGACCAUGAUGUCCCUUCGCGAGGACAGCGAGGUCACUCCACUGCAAUCAAAGCUGAACACUUUGGCCGAGUACAUUGCCAAACUUGGUGGAGCCGCUGCACUGCUGCUCUUCGUUGUACUCUUCAUCAAGUUCUGUGCAAAGCUCCCUGGAGAUCAUAGAAGUCCCUCCGAAAAGGCACAAAACUUCCUCAACAUUUUGAUUGUUGCUGUCACCAUUGUUGUCGUCGCAGUCCCUGAAGGUCUGCCUCUGGCUGUCACACUCGCUCUAGCUUUCGCUACUAAGCGCAUGACCAAAGACAACAAUCUUGUCCGUGUGCUCAGAUCUUGCGAGACCAUGGGAAAUGCCACCACGGUUUGCUCUGACAAGACUGGUACACUCACCCAGAACGUCAUGACUGUUGUAGCCGGAACCUUUGGAACAACUUCACGCUUCAGCAGCAAGGCUAGCAAGGACCAAGACGCCCAAGGAGUUAAUGUCGAUAGCGUGGACACCAACGAGCUCAUUGGCACUCUUGGUGAUAGCGUCAAGACCCUCAUGAAAGACUCAAUCGCAUUGAACUCUACUGCUUUCGAAGGCGAAGAGAACGGUAAGACCACUUUCAUCGGUUCAAAGACAGAGACGGCUCUUUUGGCUUUCGCUCGCGACUUCUUAGGAAUGGACGCUAUUAGCACCGAGCGCUCAAAUGCCGAGCUUGUUCAAUUCAUGCCAUUUGAUUCUGGCCGCAAAUGCAUGGGUGUUGUUCAGAAGAUUGGCAACAAGUACAGACUUUAUGUCAAGGGUGCUUCCGAGAUCAUGCUGAGACAUGCUACAAUGAUCAUCAGAGACCCCAGCAAAGGUAUCGAUGGUGUGUCCAUCUCCAAUGACAAUGUUACAACGCUCAACAAGCUCAUCGAGACUUACGCGUCCAACUCUCUCCGCACUAUUGGCUUCCUGUACCGCGACUUUGAACAGUGGCCCCCUAAGAAUGCGCGCAGAUCUGAAGACGACAAGACCCAGGCCAUCUUCGAAGAUGUGUUGAAAGACAUGACCUUCCUCGGAGUCAUUGGUAUCCAGGAUCCCCUCCGUGAUGGUGUCACAGAUGCUGUCAUGGACUGCUUGACUGCCGGCGUCUUCCCUCGUAUGGUUACUGGUGACAACAUUAUGACCGCAAAGGCCAUCGCCAGCGAGUGUGGUAUCUUCACUCCUGGAGGUGUCGCUUUGGAGGGACCCGUCUUCAGAAAGAUGUCCAAGCAAGAGCAACUGGCUGUCAUCCCUAAGCUGCAAGUCCUGGCAAGAUCGUCUCCAGACGACAAGCGCGUUCUGGUGAAGCGUCUGAAAGAGAUGGGCGAGACUGUCGCCGUGACUGGUGACGGCACCAACGAUGCACCCGCUCUCAAGGCUGCUGAUGUUGGUUUCUCCAUGGGUAUCGCUGGCACUGAGGUUGCGAAAGAAGCCUCCGACAUUAUUCUCAUGGACGACAACUUUGCUUCCAUCAUCAAGGCUCUCAUGUGGGGUCGUGCUGUCAACGACGCCGUCCAGAAGUUUCUGCAGUUCCAGAUUACCGUCAACAUCACGGCUGUAUUGUUGGCCUUUGUGUCAGCUGUGGCCAGUGACGAUGAAUCUUCUGUCCUCACUGCAGUUCAACUUCUCUGGGUCAAUCUCAUCAUGGAUACAUUCGCUGCUCUCGCUCUGGCUACUGAUCCGCCCACUCGCACCAUUAUCGAUCGCAAGCCCGCUCCCAAAUCUGCCCCUCUUAUUACAGUGAACAUGUGGAAGAUGAUCAUUGGCCAAGCAAUCUAUCAGCUCAUUAUCACUUACGUUCUGUACUUCGGUCAGAAGCGAGGAGGCAACAGUCUACUGAGCUACGCCAACGAUAAGGAACAUGAUCGUCUUAACGCAAUGGUCUUCAACUGCUUCGUCUGGAUGCAGAUUUUCAACAUGUUCAACAAUAGACGUCUCGACAACAAGUUCAACAUCUUCGAAGGUGUUCAACGCAACGUGUUCUUCAUCGGUAUUGCGCUUAUUAUGAUCGGCGGCCAGGUGAUGAUCAUGUUCGUCGGCGGUCGCGCUUUCAGCGUCGAGAGACUGACAGGAGAACAAUGGGGUUACUCAGUCGGCCUUGGUGCCAUCUCCAUUCCAGUCGGCGUCAUCAUCCGUCUGAUUCCUGAUGAGCUCCUUGUUCGCCUGGUACCUUCAUGGCUCAAGCGUAAGGCUGCACCUAAGCUUGUCGUCGAAGAUGAGGAGCGACCAUUUGAGUACAGCCAGGCGCUUCUUGACAUUCGUGAUGAACUGGCAUUCAUCAAGAGAAUCAAGGGUGGCCGUCUUAACCAAAUCAAAUUCACCCUCAAGCAUCCUCGUGAAGCUCUUCUUCACUCUCGCUCGGCAUCCAGAUCGCGUAGUAGCAUGUCUCUGCCGCAAACACCCAACGGUGAGCACAGUGAGGGAGAAGCCCAGUCGCUGGCACCGCCUACACCCGACUCUCGCCGUCGCUCGCGUGGACGCUCAAGAUCCAAUUCGGCAUUCGCCGGCGCUGCUAUGGCUGGUAUUGUUGCAGGCAGUAUUGGAGCUGCAUGGUCUCCGAUAGAACGCGGCCAUGGUGACGCAGACAGCAUGAAGUGGUCACGCGCCAGAUCACGAAGCGACUUGAGCCGCGAGAGCGGGCUUGAAAUUCAUCCUGAGACCAAGUCCCAGGACCCUGUCGUGGUUCAGCAGCAGAUCGAUGGUCACCACCCACCGAGCCAGUCCAAUGACACGACUCCUGCCUUCGGAUCGGGACCAUUUGCAGGUCACCCCGAUGUCAAGGUUGACGAUGGCACCAAGCAGUAA